AUGCUGCCACAGUCGGAAGUACUCUGGCAACACCUUCGAAUGGUAUCACUGAACUGCCGCCUCGCCCAACGCGCCCUCGACUCUUUGUAUGCCACGUACGGAAGCUACCUCGGCACGGUUCGAGACGACGCCCAGUUGUCGGAGCUGACCCGCAUCCUGUGCGCCAACACCGCGAGGCCGUUCUCGGAGAAUGAAGCCGAUCCCGAGAAGUGGGUGGCCCAAUUCACUGGAACGAACAUAAGAUGGGAGACGCUCGGGAUACUUUACAUUUACUGGGAGCUGAGCUCUAGGAACAACCACCUCGUUCGCCCAGAGACCAAGCCGCCUCCGCCAGGGGGUCGAGUCGCUGCGUUUCGGCAACGAGAUGUGUACAGAAAAUGCAUCAAUGACUGCCAAGCCUUGGCGAGACGAGCUACAGAGGUCGGCAAUACUCUGCUGCUGUAUGUGUACUGGAAGCGUACGAUUGUUGCGUCUAUUGUGUCCGGGGAUACUAGUCUGUCAUGCUGGAUGUACAACGGUGAAGCAGUCUCUCUAAUGACCUUCCUCGGUCUACACGUCAACUCAAAUAAAGGCGUUUACAAGCCAACAUUGGCAAGCGAAAUCAAGAGACGGCUCGUAUACAAGAUUUUCGUGAUCGACAAGGUUGUCUCUUCGAUAACGGGACGGCCUCCUCUGCUUAGCCGACGUUACAUGCUAACACCCCCGCCGCUGGAUCUCAAGGACGAUUACCUGGUGGCAGACGAGGAGACGCUAACGCGGGCGGUUGCUUCUCUAGAUAGCAAUGGUUACAACACGGACGGAGCAGCUUACUCCAUUACGUUCUGGCGGGCUCGCGCCCAGCUCAUGAUCAUUCGAGACGAGAUAUUCGAGAUCUCGCUUGGUGUUGAGGGGGCUACGUCUGCGGAGACUCUUUAUGCUUUGAAGAGUAGAGAACUACAGGCCGCAGCAGACAUGCCGUCGGUUCUGCAGUUCAGGGAGGCGGAUGUGCGAGACCCCGACGUCAGUACCGACAUGCUCUACCCCAGAAUCCUCAUGCGCCUGGAGCAUCUCCAAAACUUGUUCUUCAUAGAACGACUCUUGUGCCGCCACGGUUGUGCCAACGAGAAGGAUCUUCUCGCCGUGAGCUACGACUUGACCACCACCACCAUGCUUUUCUGGACGAACAUGGAUGGUCUCGCCAUGGUGUACGAGGAUUUCAAGUGGUUGAAAGACACUUACGCGCCUUCCAAGGUUAUGGCAUAUGCAGCCCCUGGCGGAGGAAUCCUCUGUCUCGAGCUCCUGAAACCGACUGUUACCCUCAACGAACCUAAUGGUAUCACUAGUGCCAAUGGCGAGAGUGUCACCCGGUCUAGCAUCGUUCAGCUGCUCAGUCUGCUUGUUGGGUUCCUAAACUGGGUCAGUCCAAAGGAGGCAAACGGCAACAUCUGCGCCAACUGCAAGAUCAUUGUGCAAAGGGUGUUGGAUCAGGUGCUCAAUGUAGCGCCUAGCCGGGAUGACCCGUUGGCUGAUUUCUUGGAAUGGGAUUUCUCGACACAUUUGGACUUCAACUUUGAUUUGCUGGACACGUUUGAGUGGACACGACCGGAGUUUUCAUGGACGGACUUGCCUCCUUAA